AUGACAGUUACCACGCUUUUUCCAGCCCUCUGCUACGUUCUGUCCUGGUGGAUAGGUGCUGUCUAUUCUGUCCCCUUUGAGGUAGAACAGAAGCACCUUCCCCACCAGGACCCAUUACCGUCACUCUUGUGGCACCAGCCAAGAGUCACUAGACAAGACGACAGGCUCCGUGAUGCAGGCUCGCGGCAAUGGACAGGCUUUGUUCCCGUCAACCGUAACAGAGAAAUGUUUUUCUGGUACUUCGAAAGUCGUAACAAUCCUCAAACUGCGCCAUUACUUAUUUGGGUCAACGGCGGCCCUGGUGGUUCGUCUCUUCUUGGUGCUUUUUACGAGCUUGGCCCAUGCAAAAUCAACGAGGCUGGCAAUAGUACGACGAGGAAUGCUUUCAGUGGGACAAAUUUCGCCAAUGUUCUCUUCAUUGAUCAACCUAUCGGGGUAGGGUUCUCUUACACGAACGAUUCGAAUCUUUGGGCCCACGAUUUGAACGAGGCCGAGAAUGACUUCGAUAAAUUCCUGGACAUCUUCCUUGAUGAUGUCUUUCCCGAACUAUCCAACAGGUCUAUCCACUUCGCGGGUGAGUCAUUUGGUGGACAAUACGUUCCUACCUUUCCAAAGGUUGUUCUAGGUCUAUAUGAGCACUUUUGCAUGCCAACUUCGGUCCAAGGCGUCGAGCUUUCGGUAUCUCGAAGAGGCUUCAACGACACCGAGUGUGCUGAGAUGGCUGCCGGUUAUCCCACGUGCGACCAUUUCAGCCGACUCUGUGAUAUGGCAUACGAUGGUAAGACAUGCGAAGCAGCUUACGGAGCGUGCAAACCUGUCGAGGAUGUUGUCAUGAAUAAGGUCACCCCUGGUGGUCUCAACCCCUACGAUGACCGAGUUGACUGUAUUGAGCCUCCCUUAUGCGGUCGUCUCGGUAUGGAGGAGAUCACUAAAUACCUGAACCAAGCACAUGUGCAAAAGCAAAUAGGUGUUGAGAACCAGAUUGACUUCAAGACGGUGAACAUGGACUUGAACGAGCAGUGGUCUAAAGCCUCUGAGCUUUUUGUUCCCACAAGUCGCGAAGUAGCUGCAAUCCUUGAUAAGAAGCACACUCGGGUUCUAGUCAUCAAUGGAAACAAUGACAUCAUCGUGAAUACCGAGGGGAUCAAGCGCAUUUUCGAUGACCUUUUGUGGGAGGGACAAGCGCAAUACCGAGUUUCACCAUGGAUCAGCCUUUAUUUUCAAGAACCAUUGGGCAACCAUAUUCAUGUGGGGAUGUCGAAGACCAGUGGAAACCUAUCCAUCGUUACUGUUGAUGAGGCAGGGCAUAUCGUACCUCAUGAUCAGCCUGAAGCGGUCAUGCUUGUUGUCAAAAACUGGGCUAUGCAUGGAAGCGUAUGGCCGCAAGAGCAUCGGUCUCCGUUUGAGACUGCUGUGAUUUAA